CCGGCUCAUGUGGUCAUGACACUCGUUAAACACACAGCGCGGCGGAGUGAGUCACCGAGGAGUGGCCGAGUCCAGACUCCAGGUGAACCGCUCCCGAGGAUCCCUCCUCCUCCUCCUCCUCCUUCCUCGUUGCUCAACGCUCUUCGUCUCUUGUUGCGACGCGCUCGUCUCACCAGUCGGCCGCGUCGUCUUGGAGAGCCGUCGCUCUACGCUCUGCUGGCGGACCUGGAGUCCACCACGUCACACAUCUCCAAGCCGCCGCUCUUCCUGGCCGCCGAGUCCGCCUACUCCUUCCCCGUGGGGGGUCAGGACCAGCAGCACCAGCAGGACCUCGGCCGCUCCCCAGCCCAAGCCCCGCCCACUGAGCUGAACGGACCAGGAGAGGCCCUCAGGAGCCCUGGAGACGGCACCGGCCCCCCUCAGCCCACCGGGGAGGAGGACCACGUGUACAGUUUCCCUAACAAGCAGAAGGCCGCUGACCCGUCCUCCGGGGUCAUGACCUCUCUGGGCAGCAACCUGUCGGAGCUGGACCGGCUGCUGCUGGAGCUGAACGCCGUGCAGCAGAGCGCGCCCGCCUUCCCCACCGAAGACCACCACAGACCCCCACAGACCGCCUCACGUGGUCUUUCUCUCCAGAGGCCGCCCCCCGUCUGCAGCGCCGGAGACGAGGAGGCGGCGCGCAUGUCGGCCUCCUCCGCCACGCGGGAGCUGGACGAGCUCAUGGCCUCGCUGUCCGACUUCAAGGUCCAGAGCAACGUGAGGGGGGGGCCUGAGGUCCAGGGCCAGACGUCCCCCAGCGGGGCCCCGAAGCCGGGGGCCAACAAGCUGGACAACAUGCUGGGCAGCCUGCAGUCCGACCUGCAGCGGCUGGGGGUCCAGACCGUGGCCAAGGGGGUCUGCGGCGCCUGCAGGAAGCCCAUCGUGGGCCAGGUGGUGACAGCCAUGGGCCGGACGUGGCACCCGGAGCACUUUGUGUGCUCUCACUGUCAGGAGGAGAUCGGCUCCAGGAACUUCUUUGAGCGCGAGGGCCAGCCGUACUGCGAGAAGGACUACCACACCCUGUUCUCCCCGCGCUGCCACUACUGCAACGGACCCAUCCUGGAUAGAGUCGUGACGGCUCUGGACAAGACCUGGCACCCAGAGCACUUCUUCUGCGCCCAGUGCGGAGCCUUCUUCGGACCGGAAGGUUUCCACGAGAAGGAUGGGAAGGCGUUCUGCAGGAAGGAUUACUUCGACAUGUUCGCCCCCAAGUGUGGCGGCUGCACCCGAGCCAUCCUGGAGAACUACAUCUCAGCCCUGAACUCGCUGUGGCACCCCGAGUGCUUCGUCUGCAGGGAGUGCUUCACGCCGUUCGUCAACGGCAGCUUCUUCGACCACGAGGGCCAGCCGUACUGCGAGUCUCACUACCACGAGCAGCGCGGCUCGCUGUGCUCCGGCUGCCAGAAGCCCAUCACGGGCCGCUGCAUCACGGCCAUGGGCAAGAAGUUCCACCCGGAGCACUUUGUGUGCGCCUUCUGCCUGAAGCAGCUCAACAAAGGCUCCUUCAAGGAGCAGAACGACAAGCCGUACUGCCAGGGCUGCUUCGUCAAGCUCUUCAGCUAGAGUGCCGCACGCCGUCGCACACGCGUGUGCAGCAUGUGGGAGUCGGUGACGGGUUUGCUGGGCGGCCGGCCUCUCGGGCUCUUUUCACACUUUUUCUAAAGAUGUUUUUAACAGUUCCCAAAGAGAUUUGUAUUGAGCGUAUUCCUCCCGUGUUUACGGCUCAUUUGUAAAUGAUGGCUCGCGCGGGGCGACGCCCACACCCUCUGAUGGCUUCCUGGAGGAGAGAGGAGAGAGGAGGAGAGGAGAGAGGAGAGGAGAGGAGAGGAGAGAGGGAGAGAGGGAG